UGUCAGUGAAGAGAAAUGUGACGGGUGGUUCAUGUUUUGUCUUUUGUAUAAAACUUGUUGAUUUUUAUUACUUAAAUAAUAUAAUAAAUAAGUGUAACUGUUUUUAAUAUUAGUUAGAUAAAUAUGCUGUAGUGUUGUGAGUGUGUUCCGAGUUUGUCUUUUACUCUACGUAUUUGGACGUGAUUGAUCAGGUAAUUUUAAUCGAUCUACAUAAUUGUUGACAGAAUCGAGAAAAAGUUUAUGAAAGUGAUGGAGGACGAGGUGACCUUCCUGUUCCAGUUGGGUGUGCUUCGUGACGCUGUCAGCGCGCCUCUCCACCGUCUGACGCUGGCGCUACUGAAGGAACUGGCCGUCAAGUUCGUCAACGAAAAGAUCCCAGAGAACGGUCUGAACCGUCUGUCUGACCGGAUCCUGUUAUUCCGUCACGACUACUGUUCUCCUAACGUGCUGCAGCUCAUCAACUCCGCCUCGGACGUCACCGACGAGACUCUGGUCGAGAUCGUACUCACAGCAAACCCACUGCUGUGUUCGGGAGAGGACCCUGUGCCCGCGCCUCGUCCUCACACACUGGCCGUACACUCCUACAAGGCGCCCACCUUCUGCGACUUCUGUGGCGAGAUGCUGUUCGGACUCGUGCGGCAGGGACUUAAAUGUGAAGGUUGCGGACUGAACUACCACAAACGCUGUGCGGUGAAGGUGCCGUCCAACUGCCAGAGUAGUGCGUCCGUCACGCCGGCGGCGGGCGUGCGGCGCGCGUCGGGCGCGCCGCGGAGUCCUUCGCGCUCCUCGCACGCCCCCUCACAGUCACAGAGCUCCCAGGAGGACUCGCUGACGACGGCGAGUUCCAAGCGUGCCACGUCCUGGAACUCUCUGGGCAUCCCGCACACCUUCCAAGUACACACGUACACCAGGCCCACCGUCUGCCGCCACUGUAAGAAACUGCUCCGCGGACUGUUCAAGCAGGGCCUCCAGUGUGGGGACUGUCACUACAACGCUCACAGGAAGUGCCUACCGUUCGUUCCCAAGGACUGUGGUGGGGAGAUUAGAGACCAACAAGGUGAGAAGGACGACACUAUCAGCACCAGCAGCGAGCUGUCCGAGCCUCGCGCGGACGAUGACUCCGACGACAACGAACCCAACAACCACAACCACGUGGAGAACGCAUUACGAGAGUGUGAGGAGGAACCUCAGCGUGACGUGAUCCCCGAGCGCGCCGCCAGCAGACCCAGCAGUUCGUCCUCAUCUCCGAGCACCAACAUACCUCUGAUGCGCAUCGUCCAGUCAGUGAAGCACACCAAGAGACGGGACGGACAGUGGCUCAAGGAGGGCUGGCUCGUGCACUUCACCAACAAAGAUAAGACCAUCAAGCGGCACUACUGGCGGCUGGACAGCGAGUCCGUGACGCUGUUCACCUCGGAGCAGGGCACCAAGUACUACAAGGAGAUACCGCUCAACGAGAUACUGGCCGUGGAUAGCGCCAGGAUACCGCAGGCCGAGGUUAUGCACUGUUUCGAGAUGCGCACGGCCAACCUGGACUACCUGGUGGGUGUGGAUCCCGCGUGGGGCGGUGCGGGCGGAGCCCUACCACCGCCCGACUCCGGCGUCGGCGCCUACCUCGCGCGCUCCUGGGAGACCGCCCUGCGGCAGGCGCUCAUGCCGCACACACGAUCCGUAGAAGCGGGCGGCGGCGCAACCGAGACCUGUGGCGGCGGGGCGGGCGGGAGCGGGGCGGGAGGGUCGGGGUCGGGGGAGAGAGCCACAGAGAUGGCUCAACUUUACCAGAUACAUCCGGGAGAGGUGUUGGGGUCGGGACAGUUCGGGAUAGUGUACGGCGGCCUACACCGCGACACACAGAGACCAGUCGCCAUCAAGGUGAUAGAUAAGUUACGGUUCCCAACCAAGCAGGAGGCUCAGCUGAAGAACGAAGUUGCGAUCCUCCAGAACCUGUCCCACCCCGGAGUCGUAAACCUGGAGCGGAUGUUCGAGACGCCAGAGAGGAUCUUCGUGGUCAUGGAGAAGCUGAAGGGGGACAUGCUGGAGAUGAUACUCUCUCAUGAGAAGGGCCGCCUCACUGAGAGGAUCACUAAGUUUUUGGUCGCCCAGAUCCUGGUGGCCCUGAAGCAUCUUCACGAGAAGAACAUCGUCCACUGCGACCUGAAGCCGGAGAACGUGCUGCUGUCCUCACACGAGACGUUCCCGCAGGUGAAGCUGUGCGACUUCGGCUUCGCGCGCAUCAUCGGGGAGAAGUCCUUCAGGCGCUCCGUCGUGGGCACUCCCGCCUACCUCGCCCCGGAGGUGCUCCGGAAUAAGGGCUACAACCGGUCCCUGGACAUGUGGUCGGUGGGGGUGAUCGUGUACGUGUCGCUGUCGGGGACCUUCCCCUUCAACGAGGACGAGGACAUCCACGAGCAGAUACAGAACGCAGCAUUCAUGUACCCGCCGGCGCCCUGGAGGGAAAUCUCACCACAAGCCAUCGACCUGAUCAACAACCUGCUGCAAGUGAAGCAACGCAAGCGGCUCUCCGUGGACAAGUGCGCGGCGCACUCGUGGCUGCAGACCCGCGAGGCCUGGGCCGACCUCCGCGCGCUGGAGGCCCGCGUCGGCAGCAGGUACCUGACACACCCUAGCGACGAUCACCGCUAUCAGUGACGACCGCCGUCCACCAGCCGCGAGCGACGACUGACCCGCCGGCGCCGGCACGCCGCUUAUAUACCGCCGCCGAGUAUAUACCCGUCCCGCUCUAACACACGAGCGGCGCCGCUCAGACCGAGACGGGGAGAGUCUCGGCUUGUACAGUCGUCCGACUGUACGUUGUUACUUACUAGUGAUUACAUUCUAAUACGCAUCUUCCGAAAAUUAUUUAUGACCACAAUAACUAUAGUAUUGUUAGCGUCCCGGCCGCAUGUCGACCGACCGGGACGUGACCUCGUGUGAGUCACACUCCUCAGCUGUGGGAGGUGGAUCUAUUGUUGUGACGUCUCUGAUGACACAUGAACCCAGUGGCAAGCCGUGCCAAAAUUUAGAGAAAAUAUAUUAUUUAUACGAUGAAAGAGAGAAAAUAUUACAUUUUAAAUAUAUACAAAUCAUAGAGCUAGUAUAAAUAUUAAGAUAAAUAAUGUUGUUAUAAUAAGGAGCCGCUAGGAGAGCACAAAAAAUGCAUAAUAAAUAUUUAAGAAAGUCGGUUAGUAGGGAGAGUUCCAGAUCACAAACUUUUUCACAUUGUAAGAAUAAGAAGAGUUUUUAUAACAAACAAUAAAUAAAUAAAACUGCCUGUAACCAUACCCCUACCCCCUACCCCCUACCCCCUACCACAUUCCACCUACUACCUACGACUCUUAACAGUAUAGGGCAAGCUAAUCGAAGACCCCUCAGCAUUGUAUUCCAUAAGUUUAACAAUAAUAUAAAGCAUUUGUUACAAACGUGUGUACAGCGGUGGUUAGAGAGAGGUCCGCACCACAGGUACAUAGGCAGCUGGAUUAAAUUUAACAGAUCGUAUAUAGGAGAGCAGCGCGCGACGACAUCGCCAUGGUAGUGACGGUCGACAGAAGCGAGGACUAAUAUUGUAGCUGAUAUUUUUAAUACGAUUAGAUAGAGACGAACCUGACACAGCCUCCUUUAUAAUGAUAGAGUUAUUGUUAAGAAAUCGAGCGACGGCCUAAACUAUUGUAAGCUAUUUUUAUGACGUGUAAUUGAAGUAUGUGGAACAAUCUCUCAGCACGGUCACGGGACCGCUCCGUAUGCGGCCUCGUAUAGUUAAGACAAACGCUGACCGUUCGUCGACUUUUGACAUUAGCAAAAGAUUUGAAAAGGACAGUAACCGAGACUCCAGCCUAUGACUAAAGACAUCAAGAGUCGGCGAACAGUCCCAGAGUACAGUGAGGCCAGGGUGCCGACUCCCGACUCCCGACUCCCGAGGGGCGCGAGAGAUUCUUUUCGCUUUCUGUUAUUACUUUAACACGAGUCUGUGAUUUUUUAUACUUUGUGAACGUCAUCUACGAAGCAAACUUCCAGUUACUGUGAUUCUUGAAAUUAUUAUUUUAUUUUGUUGACAUCUCUUUACGUCUUUUAUUUUUAUUAUAUACUUAUUUUUUAUAUGAAAUGCAAAUAACAAUAAUAAAAUAUUUGUCAAAAGA